UGCACGCGUGUUCAAGUCGAUUCAGUAGCUUCCGCGCGUUUCGCAAGUAAUCAUGGAUGUCAGUCAACCUGUCACGACAUAUCGGGAUGCGAGCGAUUACAGUAUCCAGUUGAAUCGUUGGUUUUUAAUACCGGUAGGCGCUUGGCCAAAUUCAGCCUCGACAACAAUAAUAGAAAAGGUGGUUGCAACAAUAUUAAUAAUCAUCUGCUACGCUCUGAUAGCCUACACGGUCAUACCUUGCAUCCUGAAUAUUCUGCUCGAAGAGACCGAUGUGCAGAAAAAGUUACUAGCUGUUGGUCCGUUAAAUCACUGGUGCAUAAGCGGCAUAAAUUAUUUCUCCUUACUGUUUCGCAGUCGCGAUAUACAUCGUUGCGUGGAACAUAUAAGGACUGAUUGGCGAACGAUGACGGAGAUCGCGGAUCGACAAGUGAUGCUGAAGUAUGCCAAAGUCGGCCGUUUCGUCGCCGGGCUAUGCGCAAUUUUCAUGCAUGGCGGCGUAUUCUCGCAUACCGUAUUGCAAGGUGCCACCCCGAAGUUCGAAUGUAUCGGAAACGUGAGCGUGAAGGUGCGUGUGUUAUUGUGUCCCUCAUACAGCAAAUUCGUAGAUACCACGCAGAGUCCAGCGGGCGAGAUCGCAUUAGCGCUGCAAAUUAUUUCAAGUAUCGUCGUCAAUUCCAUUACGGUCGGCGCCUGCAGUCUCGCGGCGGUGUUUGCGAUGCACGCGUGCGGCCAGUUGAAUGUACUAAUGAGAUGGCUGAACAAGUUGAACGAUCGAAAGCAGCAAGAGACGGUACAGCAACAAAUGGCGAUCAUUGUGGAGCACCAUCUGAGAGUAUUAAGCUUCGUGGCACGGAUGGAAGCACUUUUGAAUCAGAUUUGUUUUGUGGAAUUGCUAGGCUGUACAUUUAACUUAUGUAUGGCGGGAUAUUACGUCAUUACGAAAUGGAGUAUAUUAGAAACAAAAAUGUCAAUGGAUAUUUUAAUAACUUGUAUUAUAUAUCUAUCCAUGACUUUCAAUAUCUUCAUAUUCUGUUAUAUUGGUGAAACAGUCACAGAACAGUGUAAACAAGUAGGCGAAACAGCUUACAUGACUAAUUGGUAUCAUUUGCCACAUAAAACGGCUCGUGAUCUGAUCUUAAUUAUCUCCCGAUCAAGUAAUGUGAUCAAAUUAACUGCAGGGAAACUAAUUCAUCUUUCUAUCGAAACCUUUGGUAAUGUGAUGAGAACCUCCAUGAUAUAUCUAAACAUGCUUCGGACCGUGACAGCUUCUUAGACAAUAAUAGGUACACUUUGUACAAAGUUAUCAUU